GGACCUCCAGCCCUCAUUCCCUCGCGCCGCUCCUCCCAGUACCCAGAACCUUCGCUCCGCUAGAGGGCCAUGCUGGGCUUGAUAUUACUGUCGCUCUGCGCCUCCGGGUGGGCGGCCGCCGCGCCCUACGACGAGGACCUGCGCGCCAGCGUCGUCUUCAACCAGCUGGCGAUCGCCCAGGUGCUCGAGAACCUCAGCAACAUCUCUCAGGGUGACGCCGCAGUGACCACGCAGCUGGCGCAGUUCUCCCAGAGCCAGAGGGCGCAGAUGCAGCAGAUCAGCGACGACCUCACUCGAGUGACAUCCAGCGUCGACAUCCUCUCCCAGGCUCUGACGUCACACUUGCAGCUAGAUGACGUCAUCAACCGAGGUACUUUCACGCCAAGUGAGUUAGUGGAAAAGGUGAAAGCACAAGAGAACGAAAUGCAAGAACUGUUGCAAAGGAAAAACCAAACUGCAACCGUCAUUCGACAGCUCGAAGAACAGAGUCUGCAACUUCAAAAUGAGGUCGACCUCAAACUUCAAGAGAGUCAGCAAAAGGAGGACUCAAUCGCACAACUGAAGGCCAGCAUUCAGAAAGUGCAAGAUGAAAACCUGCAGCUUUUGGCCAAAGGCAAUGACAUGGAAGCAGAAGAGGCGUCCCUUCAAGAAAAAAUACAGGCACUGAAAGACCAAGUGACGGGGAAGAAAACAAUGUACAAUCAGAAACGGGCAAUCAAGGACCAGCUAGAUCAACAGCUCGCACAGUUAGAGAGCAAUGAGAAUGCAAUCCGACAGGAAAUGGCCCAACUGGACGAGGACAUUAGGCAGCUUCAGCAGAGGAAGACGGCAGUCGAGGGAGAACAUGAAACUCAGCUAGAAACGAACGCAAACUUGAAGGAAGCUAAAGAGAAUGGCCUGGCGACGAGUGGCAGUCUCCAGGCAGCAGUUGAGGAGUUGAAUGGGACAGCCAGGAAUUUGGAGACCCAGAAUGAAUCGCUGAAAGGACAGAAGAAGUCAGCCGAAGAGGAGCUGGGAAGACUGCGGGCAACACUGACCUCACUAACCAACAAGAAGAAUCCGAUGGAAAGAAGAAUGGAUGAAUCAAUCAAUUUCUACAUGGAAACAUGCCUUUAGUUUAAUGCCGGGCUAUUUCGAUUACUUAUUUCACUGUAUCAGAAUAUGCUACUUCCCAGUGUCACAUUGGGUUCAUAUUUUAGGGAAAAAUAGCAGGGAAAGAAAUGAGCGCUGUGACAGGGACAUAAUUCUACUUUGCAACACCACAGGGAAAGUAAAUUGCUUGCAUUAAUGAUCUGUAAAGGUCUGAAAGCAUUUUCUACUCCCAACAGAAAUCCGCAGCUGCACAAACAUCAGCGAAGCUUUGCAGACAAGGACAAGCCUCAACGAGAACCUAAUCCGGGAACAGCAAGAAGCGAACGCCCAGCUGGAGGCAAAGCGCAGGGAGUUGGAGGAGAGAAUCCGCCAGACAAGGA